AUGGUGUAUGGCUUGAUGAUCCACUCUGUGGAUUCCAGCCAGACUCUUCACUUUUCAAUAUUCUUUACGCCUGAGGGGAACAAUGCCUACAAGAAGACUCGCCAACAGACCAUUAUGCGCCGAAUCCUUGAGGAACAUCUUUUUCAGAUGCACUCUGGCGAUCAACAUACGACCGUGAAAUCAAAGGCAUCUUCAUCCCUGGAUGAUGCUGACUGGCUUUUUCGCUUCACAGAUUCGAAACCCGCUGCAUUCAAAGCACAAGCUGGUUUUGACUACACUGAGGGCAUCUUACGUCUACAGGCGUCCACGCUCUUUGAAUAUCCCAAACUUGUGGUCUGGAAACACGUUGACAAGGUGGUAUACACCUUGAUUUGCGAGCCCUUGGACAACCCCUUGUUGGCAUCAAACUUUCUGACGUUAUUUGUUCAUGAGUUGAGCGACCAUUUUCGGAAGGCUGGCAACAUGGUGGAGGAAGUCUCCUCAAGACCCGAUGAAAUCUUUACCAUCCUGAACUUGAUGCUACCUGGUGGACAACUUCUCUUUACGAAUUCCAAUUUGCACCGGCAUUUCAAAGCCCAGAUUUCACAGGUGUUGAGUCAGAAGUGA